AUGGCUACCGCAGACCUUCCGACACCCCAAGGAACUCUGAACUCAACGUUCACUCCUCCGAUCGAUGGAUCCUUAACCCUCGUGCAAAUAUUUGAUCAUCACUAUGUUAAGAGCCGAGACCAUCCUCUCUUUCGUUACGAAGACGAUACGGGGAAGGUUAUUGACAUCAACUGGGGAAGGGCCGUUCCCGCUAUCCAUUUGGUCGCUCAAAUGGUCCUGAACAAUGUCAGUAUGGUGUACGGUGGGAUGUCUACUGCCUCGGAUUUGACAUUGAUUGAAACGCCCAUAGACUCCGUGACAUAUUAUACGACGAUCGCGGGCAUCAUGCGCGCUGGCUGUAUCGCUUUCCCAAUAUCUGUCCGGAAUUCAGACACUGGAGUCGCCCAUCUAAUUCGAUCUACUAGCGCUAAGUACAUGUUUUUGAGUCAGGAUCCUGGAAUGCAGAAGCUUGCCGACGCUGCACUAUACAAAUUAGAAAAUGAAGGACUACAAGAUUUCAGGAUGAUGCCAAUGCCUUCGUUCGAAACUCUCUACCCCGAGACAGUUGAGCCGUCGGACCUGCUCCCCUCAAUCAAGAAUAGCGACUUGGAGGCUCAGGCUCUCAUCAUGCAUUCAUCUGGUUCCAUGGCGUUUCCGAAACCUAUCCCUUUUACAUACAAGAUCAUGAUGCAAUCUGGUCUUCUACCUUAUUUUGGUGAGGUCGACAUAUGCGGAGACAUACUUUCCGCACAUGCUGUUCCAAUGUUUCAUCUUAUGGGUGCCGUUCAAAUUGCUUGGACCGCUUAUACUGGUGUAAUUAUGGCCGUGUUUCGCCCUGGCUGGCCUCCAAUCAUACCGACGCCUGAUAGAGUCUUUUCUGGGCCUAUAGCGACAAAAUGCAACUUGAUGUUCUGCGUCCCGGCAUUCCUGGAUAAUUGGGCGAAGGUUCCUCAAAGAGUAGAAAAAUUAGCAAACUUCAAAACAAUCAUAUUUGCUGGCGGCCCUCUGCAAUCUGCGGUGGGUGAUAGGCUUACUCAGCAAGGCGUCUGUUUGGUUCCUCUGUAUGGACAGACCGAGACCGCGACCGUCACACUUUUCCUUCCGAAGCGGCUCCCCCCCGAAGGCUGGGAUUACUGGAGGUUUUCCCCUCAUUGUACUCCAACCUUCGUGACUUUCGAAGAAGAAAGUAGGGUUUACCGUCUCGUGUUCAAGACAACCCCGACGCAUCAGCCUGCCAUCUUGAAUACCGAAAUAGAUGGUGUUCCAGCCCUGGAUACCAACGAUCUCAUAGCCAGACAUCCCACAAACCCAGAACUGUGGCGAGUGCACGGACGAGGAGACGACCAAAUUAUGCAUUCAUCUGGGGAGAAGGCGAAGGACAUACUGAAUAAAAAUCCUAGGGUAUCUAGUUCCAUAAUGUUCGGACGCGGUCGGUUCCAUGCUGGCGUUAUUAUCACGCCUGCCCCGGAAGAGCAAGUCUCGCCAAAUGACGAGAACUGGCUUUCCCGGUACCGAAAUGCAAUCUGGCCCACGGUAGAAAAAGCAAAUCAGCUUGCACCUCAGCAUUCCAGAAUUUUCAAAGAGAUGAUCCUUGUUGCAGAUAUAUCCAAGCCGUUUGAAUUUACUCCUAAGGGCACUCCAAGACGACAAGCCGUGCUGAAUGCCUAUUCUGCUAAGAUUGACACAGCCUACGAGGCUGUGAAGCAGUCAUCUCAGAUUCAUCUGGUGGCGCCAGUUCAAUGGGAGCUCUCAAACAGCUUGCAUUUCGUCCGUGAGGCUGUAGAGAAGGUCCUGACGAACAUGGUCGAAGACAAUGACGACUUCUUCCAAAAUGGUUGUGACAGCCUCCAAGCAACAUGGAUCCGCAACACAAUUCUUCAUGCUUUGCGCUCGACCUCUAAAAUUAAUACCCGUGAUAUCCCACACAAUUUCACCAUGCUGGAUAUGGCAAGGAAGUACAGUACUGAUUUCCCCAUCUCCAGGGAGGUCGUCUUACUUACAGGUUCAACGGGUGCCUUUGGUAGCUAUAUUCUGGAUGCACUUCUCCGUUCCGACGAUGUCAUCAAGGUUUAUGCGUUGAAUCGUUCAGGCCCCUCUGGAUCUCUUCAACGGCAGACUGACGCUUUCAUUGAACGCGGAUUGGACUCAGACAUCCUUACAAGCUCGAAGGUUGUAUUUGUGGACUGUGAUCUGGCUGCAAACUUGUUUGGUUUAGACUACUCGGUCUACCACGAGCUCAUCGAAAAUAUAACAUGCGUUAUCCACAAUGCCUGGCACGUCGACUUCAAUGUUUCACUUGCAUCUCUGGAGCCUCUGGUCCGUGGUACUAGAUGUCUGGUUGAUUUUGCUCUGUUGUGUCGCGUGGUACCACGAUUUGUCUUCACGAGUUCAGCUGGUGUUUUCAGGAGCUCUGACUGCGUAGCAGUAGAAGAGUUUCUUGCUGAUCCUGCUAUUUCUGCUGGCUGGGGCUAUGGCGAGUCAAAGUGGGUCGCGGAGUACAUUUUGGAAGAGGUUUCCAAAAGCACGGCACUAAUGCCUGUGGUUGUGCGCACGGGACAACUCACCGGAGGUGCUAAUGGUGCAUGGAAUGUCAAGGAGUGGUUCCCGUCCCUGGUGAAAUCGAGUCAGGAUAUGAAAUGUCUUCCUGACAUUCCGGGCUCUGCGUCGUGGAUUCCUAUUGACAUAGCCGCCAAGGCCCUUGUCGAGUUACGCCUGAGCAAGCACCGUUACAUUCAUCUUCUGCAUCCCAAACCUUUGGCGGCAUCAAUUAUUCUCCAGCAUGUCUCUUCUGCGUUGAGUAUUCCCCUCAUACCGUACUCUCAGUGGAUUGGUGCUAUUGAGCAAACCCCUCAGGAGGAAGGGUCUCAUCGCGUCACUUCCGAGACUCCAGCUGUUCGGCUCUUAGAGUUCUUCUGUUUUCAGGGUAGCGGCGACACGAAUAAUAGGGAAGCCUUCGGUUUCCCGAGUCUGCAGACGACGAACUUGGGACAAACCGCGAUUCUUGGGAACCUACGCCAGCUCGGGAUAGAAGAUGUCGACAAGUGGUUGGAUUACUGGCGAGGCGUUGGUUUCAUUGUCUGA